UCGACGUCUCCACACUCUUUCGCUACGCACGCGCUGCUCCGCAUCUCGCCAUUGCCUCUCGUCUACGCCACCUCUCGCGACAACCUUCAUCCCCGAAUAGACGACGCGCGCCAUGGUGGCCCAGCUUGAGACUGGUCGCAUCCAUUCACUACCAGUCCAAGUCACGUACCACCUUUCCUCAAGCUCGCAGUCCUUCUCCACCCUCUUCUCCGAACCGCAAGAUGUAUACCUCCAUCCUACCGCGGGCAAGAGUAAAGACGGCGAUGACGAGGUGUGGGGAGCCAUCUACCUCAAGGCUGUCGUCCAAGGCAUUGUCAUGGCAAGCCCUGAAUUACACCCAGCCCAUCCCGGUACCCCCGACCUAUCUCUCUAUCUUCUCGACCCACGCGAGUCGUUCUUGAAGAGAUCCCGAGCGGCCCCGCGCACGCGUUCCAUUUCAUCCGCUGGUUACGAGGUGUGGUCGGGCAAGGGACUUGUCCGGCAGGCACUGGCAGAGGCAGACAAGGGCAAAAGCCUAAUCACUGGCCGCCUCGUCCGUCGGUCUCAGUUCCUCAACGUCACCGCGCCUAGAGCAGAGGGAAUGUCGGCCUUGGACGCACUCGUGGCUGCCAACGCCAUGUCCAACGAAGUUGAAGCCUGGGGCAUUGAGAUCUUCGUCGGUCUUAAGACAGGCCUCUCGUCAUCCACCACCUUCCCCGGGCCUCUUCACCACACUGUCGAGAAUGGCUCAGUCGCCGGCAUCGCUGUGCUCGAAGAAGAAGAAGAAGGGAAAGAGGAUGAGCAUGACUCCCCCGCUGUUACCCCUGUGCGCCCCUCGAGCGUCGCCCGUAUCCCAUCGUUCCCAGCACCGCGGACUGUCUCGACGUCGUCUUCAAAGCUUCCUCCGCGUGCCAUUCCCCGCCAUCCUUCAUCGUCCUCUCCAGCCGGUCCAUCUCGAGCUAGAUUGCCCGUUCCUCGCAAGCACGCGGUCGACGAGCGCACAAAGCUGUCCCCUAUGGAUCUCAACAUGGAAUCUUCCUCCCCUGUGCAGGCCGCUCAAAUCGCUACAAGGCUCAACAGGCUCACAGAUGAGCAGAAGAACGUCCUCACUCCUGACGUACUUUCCUUCCUGGAAAAGCUCGCUGGUACCCGCGGCGCUCAAGUCGUGGCCAGCGAGAAGCGAAUGCGAGAGGAAGCCGUUACGCAGAGCAGCAAGCCUGAGGCGAAGCGCCCUCGUACCGGGGCGUCAAGCUCGUCGGGUUACAAGGCACCCAUCUCAGAGUGCUCAAACUGCAAGACGACCCGAAGCUCGGUCUGGCGGCAGCAGUCGAUGCCGAAUGGUAAGACGACCCGCGUCUGCAACGCCUGCGGCCUGUACUUCCAGAAGAAGGCAGAGCCUCGGCCGGCCUCAAUGUGGAACAAGGAGGAAGAUGGAGUCCCGCGCGGCCGUGGUCGUCUGAAGGCUUCCGAGCGGAGGGCACAAGGGGAACGCGAGCUGAAGAGGACCAUGACCCAGGCUGUAGAGAGAGACGCAGCGCGCAUUGCCACAAGUCGCCGAAGGUCGGCGCCCCGCGACCAAACACCUUCCUUUGUCAAGGAUGCUCCUCAAACCUCUCCAAGCCGUGGCUCAGCACCUCUUCCCCGUGCAGUGCGAGUUGCUGCGGCGACAAGUGUGUCGGGCAGUUCUCCCGCAGGAUCCAGCGUGUGGCACGGAGAAGACACUCCCAGGUCAGCCUCCAACGGUUUCCAAACCAUGCAAAGCCUCGCCAUGCCCCUCAGCGACGACGGAUUGGGUAACAGCGACUCCAAGUCUCUCUCGUGGGCUGGUGAAAUGUCUGCAUUCUUUGACGUCGAGGGUUUCAGCGCGCCGCCAGAGAGCGACGCCGACCCAAGCAGCCCAAGCCAAUCUCGUCAUCAAGGCAUGUCCUCAAUGGACCCGCGCAACGUCUCCUCGGCGCUCCGCCAUCAACUCAUCCUGCCAACGAGUGAUGCUGUUGAGCCCUCAGAUGACGAUGCCUGGUCGAAUCUCUUCAACCGGACCUCCUCGUUCGGACAUGCUUCAUCGGUCGGAGAUCAUUCAUCCUCCCUUGGUCGUUCCUCGUCCUUCGGGCCGUACGACUCAUCGCCCCAUGAAAAGUUUGACUUCUCGCAACUGCCGCCGAGCUCUCCUCCCGCUCUUCCAAGCAACCUACCACACUCGGCCCUCCUCUUUUCGAGUCCUGGGCCCUCGUCUGUCUCGCCCAUUGAUCCCUCACCUCGCGACCAUAAAGCUUCGCCAGGCGCCCUCUCCGGCUUGCGCAACGAGGUAACCCCAGAUGACAAACCCAGUGGCGACCACAUCCAAGACAUCCUCGCCAAGCUGAACAACGCCGACAUCAUGGCGCUUUUUGAUAGCCUUCCCGCUGCGCCCGUCGCAUAGUGUACCUAUUAUUUCCCUCAUACGUAUUCGCAUCAAUGGCCAACGGCACUGUCUGCCACUCACUGCCUUUCUGCAACUUCGUUGUUCUAAUAGCUUGGCCCUGCCUGCCUUCCUCGCGUGUAUGUUGCCCCGCUCACACUCACGCUGCAUUAUCCAUACAUGUCAUUCAUGCAUU